AUGAUAGAAGGCUAUCUUGAGAGGCUGUUCAAAUGCAAUUUGCUUGCAGAGGCAGAGGUAAAACACCUGUGCGAGACGGCGACCGAAAUACUGAUGAGGGAGGAAAAUGUUGUCAAUGUCAAGGCGCCUGUGACGAUAUGUGGGGAUGUGCAUGGGCAGUUCUACGACCUGAUGGAGUUGUUCAAAGUUGGAGGCCUUCCCCCGUAUACAAACUACCUGUUUAUGGGAGACUAUGUGGAUAGGGGGUACCAUUCAGUCGAGACGAUCUCUAUCCUGCUGUGCUUGAAAGUGAAGUAUCCCAGCAGAGUAUGGCUGCUCAGAGGGAACCACGAGAGCAGGCAGAUAACCCAGGUGUAUGGGUUCUAUGACGAAUGUGUUAGGAAGUACGGAACAUCUCUUGUAUGGAGGUACUUCACUGAUCUCUUCGACUAUCUGCCUGUUGCAGCCAUUGUCGGAGACGACACGUUCUGCUGCCACGGGGGACUAAGCCCGUCGUUCGACACGCUUGACCAGCUGAAGGCCAUUGACCGGAAGGUUGAGAUUCCCCAUGAGGGUCCCAUGUGCGAUCUGCUCUGGUCUGACCCCGACGAGAAGGCUGGAUGGGGGCCCUCUCCCAGAGGUGCUGGAUUUACGUUCGGUAAGGACAUAACAGAUGCCUUCAACGAGAGAAACGGGCUGAAGAUGAUAUGCAGGGCCCACCAGCUUGUGAUGAAUGGAUACAACUGGAGCCACGAAAAGGGAUGUGUCACGAUAUUCAGUGCGCCAAACUACUGCUAUAGAUGUGGGAACCUGGCGACGCUCAUGGAGAUGGACGAGCAUGGGGCAUACAGCUUCACGCAGUUCGAACCUUCCCCCACAAAGAUCGAGACUCUUGUCUCGACCAAAAUCCCAGACUAUUUCUUGUAG